UUUGAUCUUCGUAUCUUCGGAUAGGAGAAAUCUAAAAAUCAAGAAUGACCAGAACGACCAACCGGCCGAUAGCAAAUCAUCGUCGGGAUGUCGAUAGCAUGACGUCAAAAACGACCGGGGAUCGCCUCGUGCUUAUCACCAUUAUCACCACGUGCACUAGACCCUGAAACGCGGCGAUAACUAAAGCUGGGGAUGAUUUUCGAGAUGUUCCCAUUAUCAUGAACUUUAUAGGCCUGCCAUUCGGACGAUCGCUCGCAAGCGACAGCUCAAAUCGGAUAGCGAGAUCUUCUUAUGGAUCCCGUAAUCACCGCUCCCGGUUGAAUCUUGUCCAUUGGUAAGGGUGUUGUCGCGACGAGACCAUCCUGCCGUCAUAGCGCAGAACUACGAGACCUUGUCGUCAGCCUCCCGAAUGCUACACUGCCGCCCACUGCAUUACCUAGUAUUUCCCACCACCGCUGCACGACUGCACGGCUGCGAACUCAUGGUCUUAUCACGCGACUCGGCCUUUCUAUUGGUUGAUUCAGAGUCAGGCGUACUAGCCUAGCUGAUCUACUCCCCAUAAACCGGCUGAGAUAUAGCGAUUGUCUCGUUACUCCAAGACACAGGACGGUCCCUAGCCACUUGUCGUCAGCUGUGUCGUCCAUCUCCCACACAAUGACUUUGGAGCUACGUGUUUGGGGGCCGGCGUUCGACCUAGACUCCAUUGAUCCCGAAUGUCUAGCUGCCAUUACAUGUUUCCGUUGCUCCAUCCCCCGCGAAGAUUGGUCCCUGAUCGCCAGCAAUGACGCCGCCGCCAGUCCUGAUUACCGCCUCCCCGCCCUGAAUCACGAAGGUAUCUGGACUUCUGGGUAUACGGAAAUCGUCUCGUACCUUACCAGACAAGGCAUUUUGCACAUCGACGAUGACCUCACACCGCUCCAGAGGGCUGAUGCUCUGGCUUGCGCCUCCUUUCUGGCGACCCGCGGCGCUGCUCUGGUGGCCAUGUCGCUCUACGUAUCGCCAAGGGCGUGGGCUGACAUGACCCGGCCCGCCUACUCAUCCCUCCUUCCGUUCCCGCUCACGUGGACCGUGCCCCCGGGCCUCCGCACCGCCGCCAUCGAAAAGGUCGAGAACCUGGGUAUGGGUUCCCUCGCGCCCGAAGGAGAUGCCGAGGAAUCUCCGUCCGCGGGCCCAGCUAUUACGACUUCCACCGGCUUCCUCAAGCUGCGCGACCGCCGCGGUCCCAGCGAGGUCAUGCAGCCGGAGAACAAGGCGGCGAUCCGGUUCCAGCACUUCGCAACCUCGUUCUUCGAGACCCUGGAGCAGCUGCGCGGGGACAACGAAUUCUUCCUCAGAGACGAAAAGCCGGCGUCGAUCGACUAUCUGGUGUUCGCGUACCUCGAGCUGACGCGCGUGCAGACGCCGCACCCGACGCUGAGGAACGCGCUAGAAGGAUCCUUCGGGAGCCUAGUCGGCUUCUCGAACGCGAUCCGGGAAUCCUUCGCCGCGCAGGCGCUGGAGGCUGACCACAACGGGCUGCCUCUGAGGGAUCCUGAGCCGAGGCGCGUGCUAGACCUGAUUGGCCGCUUUGCGGAAGGAGCGCUGGAGUCGGUUCCGGGCUUUGGGGGGAGCUGGAGGAGGUGGCGUGUGGGUGGUGCGAGGAGUGCUGGAGCUGGAGAUGGGAAUGCGGAUGCGGGCGCGGAUGACGUGAGCCAACAGGAUAUGGGUAGCGUGAUUAUGGCUGCUGCGGGUGCGGUCGCGGGUGCUGCUGCGUUGGGCGCCGUGGCGCUGGUUAAGGCGUUAGGUCCGUUUGGGAAUGAGACGCAUCGCUUCGAGAUGCAGAAGAAUCGCUUGGGUCAGUUUGACGAGAUGGGCGCCAUUCUGACCGGAUUACCUGUUUGGGAACAAUCUGCGCCUCAAUGGGAUGUGGGGAGUCUAAGCUUGGGUGCAGGCGUCGAUGUUGGUGUUGAGUCGGAGGUCGAGCUGAGGGAUCGGGUGCAGUAGCGCGGUUGGAGGGGAGGGGAGGGGAGGGGAAGGGGAGCUGAGUUGGGCUGAGCUGAGUUCUGUGGGAUUCAGCUCCUGUAGCUCCUGUGGCGGAUGACUGUGAUGGAGGGUUCAUGGACUAAGGGGUGGGUAGGUGGGAAGGAAGGAAGGAAGGAUAUCGGGAUUUGAUGGGUUCAUGGUGGGUGGGUGGUGAA